AUGUCUUUCGCGCGUCUUGCAGGAGCGCUCUCGCGCGCACAGUGCUCGCGGCCGCAAUGGCAGGCAGUACGCCCCCUCUCCAGCGCAGCCGCCCGCCAGGCCAAAGCCGAGCAUCAACUCAACUCGGUGUCCAGGCACAUCACGCAGCCCAAGUCGCAGGGCGCGUCGCAGGCCAUGCUGUUCGCCACCGGCAUGGACGAGGCCGACAUGAACAAGGCGCAGGUCGGCAUCAGCUCCGUCUGGUACUCGGGUAACCCGUGCAACAUGCACCUGAUGGACCUCAACCACAAGGUCAAGGAGGGCGUCGAGCGCGCCGGCCUGCUGGGCAUGCAGUUCAACACCAUCGGCGUCAGCGACGGCAUCUCCAUGGGCACAAAGGGCAUGCGCUACUCGCUGCAGUCGCGCGAAAUCAUCGCCGACUCGAUCGAGACCGUCAUGGGCGGCCAGUGGUACGACGCCAACAUCUCCAUCCCCGGCUGCGACAAGAACAUGCCCGGCGUCGUCAUGGCCAUGGGCCGCGUGAACCGCCCCUCGCUCAUGGUCUACGGCGGCACCAUCCAGCCCGGCUGCGCCAAGACGCUCGACAACCAGCAAAUCGACAUCGUCUCGGCCUUCCAGGCCUACGGCCAGUUCAUCACCGGCGAGAUCACAGAGGACCAGCGCUUCGACGUCAUCCGCCACGCCUGCAACGGCCAGGGCGCCUGCGGUGGCAUGUACACGGCCAACACCAUGGCCACCGCCAUCGAGACCAUGGGCAUGUCGCUGCCCGGCUCCUCCUCCAACCCGGCCAACUCCACGGCCAAGAUGCUCGAGUGCCUCGCGGCCGGCGGUGCCAUCAGGAACCUGCUCAAGGAGGACAUCCGCCCCUCGGACAUCCUCACCCGCCAGGCCUUUGAGAACGCCAUGGUCGUCAUCUCCAUCACCGGCGGCUCCACCAACGCCGUCCUGCACCUCAUCGCCAUCGCCGACAGCGUGGGCCUGAAGCUCACCCUCGACGACUUCCAGAGCGUCUCCGACCGCAUUCCGCUGCUCGCCGACCUCAAGCCUAGCGGAAAGUACGUCAUGGCGGACAUUCACGACAUCGGCGGCACCCCUUCCCUGCUCAAGUUCCUGUUGAAGGAAGGCCUGCUCGACGGCUCCCAGAUGACCGUGACCGGCCAGACGCUGAAGCAGAACCUCGACAAGGCCAACGACUUCCCCAGCGACCAGAAGAUCAUCCGCCCGCUGAACGAGCCCCUCAAGUCGACCGGUCACCUGCAGAUCCUUCGCGGCUCGCUCGCACCCGGCGGCUGCGUCGGCAAGAUCACCGGCAAGGAGGGCACCGUCUUCACCGGCAAGGCCAAGUGCUACGAGGCCGAGGACGACUUCAUCAGCGCCCUGGAGCGCGGCGAGAUCAAAAAGGGCGAGAAGACAGUCGUUGUCAUCCGCUACGAGGGUCCCAAGGGCGGCCCUGGCAUGCCCGAGAUGCUGAAGCCGUCGUCCGCCAUCAUGGGCGCAGGCUUGGGCAAGGAUGUUGCGCUGAUUACGGAUGGCCGCUUCUCCGGCGGCUCGCACGGCUUCCUGAUCGGACACAUUGUACCUGAGGCGCAGGAGGGCGGGCCCAUCGGCCUGGUGCGCGACGGCGACGAAAUCACAAUCGACUCGGAGAAGAACGAGCUCAACGUCGACGUCAGCGAGGCCGAGCUGGCCGAGCGCAGGAAGAGCUGGAAGGCUCCCGCGCUCAAGUACAGCAAGGGCACGCUGUUCAAGUAUGCGCGCUUCGUCAAGGACGCGUCGCAGGGCUGUGUCACUGACUCGGAUUGA